AUGGAGAGUGGAUUACCACCGCCUGGACGAACGCAACCUCUGCUGUUGCUUCUGCUGUCGCGACUGCUGUCCGGUUGUCUGUCAGCAGAUGGAGACUGGGCCUUUCAGCAGUCAGAAACGCGAGCCACCUCUUCUCUGAGUGCAAAGGAGCCGGACUCAUCUCAAAAGACGUGGAAAGAAACCUCGCGCACGUCGUGGAUAAGUAGAACCAUCGGGUUGGAAAAUACGCACAGCUGGUUCUACAGCACUCGUACGCCCACGGUCAUGAACGACGGACUGUUUGUUAUGGAGCAUUACGGCAUUGGCCUUCUCACCGCUCGCAAAGGGAUACAGAGUAUGGGCAGAGCUCGUGGUUUGCUGCUACUUUCUGCAGCUGCGACGUUUGCCAUUACAGCAGCAGUUGAUAGCUGGACAGACCCGACGGCAUCGAACUUGACGCUCUCACCUGCUGCAAACUUGCUCAUCUUGACACGAAACAACUACCCGACGCCCACGACCUCGUCCGAGACUGUCACUGAUGAUACAAUACCCAGCAGGAUGCCGGAUACAAAUCCGCCAGUUGUCGCCUACACUCCAGCUACGACCGAAGCGAACCCACCACUUGUCGCCGACACGCCAGCUACGACCGCUCCUUUGAUCCCCCGUGCCUCGGACUUUGACGCAGCAAUGGCGUCUGAAAUCGAGGAAGAGACGGACGAAAGUUCUCCUAGUGCUGUGGCAACACCCAGUCCGAGAUCGCCACCUGGCCACAGACCAAACUCUGCCCCGGUGACUCACCCGAAUGUUACGACGCCGCCGCCGCCAGCGUCUUCUCCCACGAAGUCAUCCAUAGCUCCUGUGGACACGCUCAACAAUCGCAAUGGAGCGGUGAAAGCAGGCGACCACUCAGCUGGCAUGGCUACUUUUUUGCCAGUCGUUUUCGGGUCCGUCGCUUGUGUCGGAGUACUGGCGGCAGCAGUCAUGAUCAAGAAGAGACGUAGCACGGAGAAGGGCGAGGAGACAUGUCGACCCGACCCCGAUUGCGAAUAUAGCGGCGCAGACCUCACGCCUGAUAAUCGUGCGCUUCGUAUCGCGCAAGUAGGAUCGCCACCCAUUGCUCGGAAGGCAGCAGUAGUAGUGGCAGCACCAGCUGCUACUGGUGCCAAAGACUUGGCGGCAUCGACUGCAACUGCUGACUAUGUGCGAACAAACUCGUCCGUUUCGUCCACGUCUCCAUUCGGGAGUACCCGGUGCAAGGUGCGCGUGAGUUCUCCGAAUCAGGGCUUCUUCGCAAAUAGAGAGACGAAUAUGGAGUUCCAAGCUACACGCACCCUUCGUGGAGAAGGAAAUGACGCGACGCUUGCUUCCGAUCGCGCUCGGGUCACUUCAUCUCGCUCGACUCUUCAAUUGCAGCAGUAA